AUGUCUGACAUCACCGAAAUAAUGGUAUUUUGUCUCGUUCUAGGUGACGCUAUUAAAAAUUCUUUCCCGGUCGACAUCGAUUGUAAAAUGACCAUAGGGCAUCUCAAGAUACUAAUAAAGAAUGUGAAAUCUCCGGAACUUGACGAAUUUGCACCAGAUAAACUGAAUCUAUGGAAGGUUGAUAUUCCUCAAAACAGAGAAAAUCAGGAAAUGAAAAUACCCGUCGGAGUUAAUAUUGCAAAAGGAUAUGGAGGUAUAGAGUUGGCCUCAUUCGAAACUAUCGAAGAAUAUUUUCGUCCGAUACCCACUAGUACUAGCAUUCGUAUUAUCGUACAACCGCCUGUCACCACUGCACGAAACCUGCCUGAAACAUUAGAAUAUC